GCAGCGACAGAGAGAGGCACAAGCACCGCGGGGCUUCUGCGCCGAAUCAAAAUAAUACGGAUAAAAGAGGAACGAAGUGAGAAGUUAACUAACAACAUGAAGUUACUCAUCUUCUUCGCAGUAACCCUGGGCACACUUGUCACGGGACUAGAUUCUGUUUAUAGCAAGAAGUACUACAAGCUGCCACAUAAACACAGAUCAUUUCACAAGGAUUGCCAUUGUUUGAAUGGAGGAACCUGCAUUACCUAUUACCUCUUUAGCGGAAUUCAUCGUUGUGUAUGCCCAGAAGGAUACACUGGGAUUCACUGUGAACUAGACACUGACAGCAUGUGCUAUACUAAGAAUGGGGAGGACUACAGAGGAAUGGCAACAGAAGAUGAAUGUCUGCCAUGGGAUCUUCCCUCAGUAGUCAGGAGGGGUCAAUACCAUGCUCAUUUGAGGGAUGCUUUGCAGCUUGGACUGGGCAGACACAGCUACUGCAGAAACCCGAAUGGAAGCAACAGGCCCUGGUGUUACACCAAAAAGGGAUUCACCAUUCAAGAAACACCCUGCAACAUAGAGAAGUGUGGGCACACAUGUGGUCAGAGGAGCAUCAGCAAGUAUUUCAAGAUCGUUGGUGGAAGCCAGGCAGAGGUUGAGUCUCAGCCUUGGAUAGCUGGCAUCUUCCAGAACAUAAGGGGCACUGACCAAUUUCUGUGUGGUGGCACCCUCAUUGACCCCUGCUGGGUGCUUACAGCAGCACACUGUUUUCAUACUCCGUCAAAAAAGCCACAAAACAAAUCCACCUACAAAGUCUUCCUUGGAAAGUCCAUACUGAAUGCUACUGAUGAUAAGGAACAAGUAUUCAUGGUUGAUGACAUCAUCUCUCACCCUGAAUUUACAGAUGACACAGGUGGCAAUGAGAAUGAUAUUGCUUUGAUAAGGAUAAGAACAACUUCUGGGCAGUGUGCAGUAGAAUCCAAAUAUGUCAGAACAGUCUGCUUGCCAGAGAAGAACCUUUCCUUACGAGACAAUACCCGGUGUGAAAUAGCUGGCUAUGGAAAACAAGACUUUUAUGACAUUUACUAUGCUCAAAGACUGAUGUCAGCCACUGUAAACUUAAUAUCACAGACAAAAUGCAAAUAUGAAUACUAUGACAGUGUCAGAGUUACUGACAACAUGGUCUGUGCUGGAGAUCCCACAUGGAUGACUGAUGCAUGCAAGGGGGAUUCUGGUGGCCCCAUGGUCUGUGAGCACAACGGCAGGAUGACGCUUUAUGGGAUUGUCAGCUGGGGAGAUGGCUGUGCAAAGGAAAACAAGCCUGGCGUUUACACCAGAGUUACUCGAUACCUUAACUGGAUUGACUCCAACAUGAAUGCAGUAACUGCCAAGAGUCGUUUUCUCCCUGAACCAAAGUGACCUUUUUUACAUCUGGACUCAAAUGAACAAGAUUAAGCCUAUACAGAUGACAGGACACUAAAGUCCUGAAUGUCAUGAGAGGCUUUCAUUUUUAAAUGCUUGUGUGGUCUGCCGCUCACAUCGGUGUUCCUGAGGCAGAAAGAUGGUUGAUAUAUUAUAUUACUACUAUGAAUUACCUGAAAACCACUCCAUGGGAAGCUAAACUAUUUAACAUUUAAAUGAGUGUUCCCAUGCAUGAUACUAUGCAUAUCAAGUUACCUGUCCACUUCAUUUAUGAACCAGCAUUUGUUCUGGAAGUACUGGUAAAGUUUUAACUUAACUCAAGUAUUCGUUUUAUACAUGGCCUGAGUCUAAAAUCUUUCAUCAUCACACUGAAUAAUGCUAAGACUCAAGUCCUAGAAACCCAACCUGUUAAGAGCUGUACUGAGGGCGUCUUUGCACUGAUCAGGCUUUGCGUCAGAAAGUGGGAGGAACUGCAUUAGUGUUAACUAUUGCUGAUGCAUGAAGAAGGUCCAAAGUCUGCUUAGACUGAAGCAACACUUAGUUGCUAUAGACCCAACAUGUAAUAAAAUCUUAAGGAUGCCACCUGUAGCUGUGUCAGCAUUACAAACUCAAAUGUAUUACACUUAAGAACUGUACUGCAAGAAUUGAAAACCUGACUUGACUUCCAGGUCAAAUCUGAAGGUGUCUUGGUCCCCUUAAAAAUCUGAUGCUGUAACCUCUCCACGUGUACCUAUGUACCCAGGAGAGGAUUUAAGUGCUCAACACUCAUUGAAUGCUGCAGAUGUCCAAAGUCAGAACUUUAUUUCCAUUCAUUUAAUUUAUAUUAUAUGGAAACUACUUCUUAUGCUGGUUUUAUUUUUAAACUUUUUUUAAUAGAUAUGAAUUAUUUGUAUGAGGGCUGGAACCUCAAGCUUUAUUUAAUUAUUUUUACUGUGUUUAACUUAUUGUUUGUAUGAUGGAUAUUAAAAUAUCAUUAAAAAACC